AUGUCUUCGUCUCUCAAUUCGAAGCUUUCGCUCUUGCCAAGCUCGCCGCAAAGUCCUUCUUACGCUCCACACAGCGGCAACAACAACAACAUUUUGAUCUCACGCCGAGCGAGAAGUGGACGCAGCAGAUCGUCUACUCUCACACCUCUGCCAAGCGCGACUUCCAUCACUCACUCUGCAGCCAGCGGCGACGAGACAGAUAUCCAGCCUGGGCGCAAGAACAGCAUCUUUAGAAACUUUUCACCGACGUAUACAAGGGUUGUCGAGAGCUCUGCUAGCGCAGUAAGCAACGAGCUCGAAUCUUCGUCUCACCCUUCUCGUUCCACGGACGAGCCAAUCUUGGCAGCACGCCGCAAGAUAAUCACACGGAGGAGCAGACGAAGGGCCGAGUCAUCUUCUAGCAAUCAGAGCCAGAAUUCUGGUAUCGUGGGCUUAACGUGCGAGGGUAUAAAGCUAGACAACUCCUCUCAAGGUGCGCUCGCUAGUGACGCUUCCUCUGCUCCCAAGUCGCGAUACUCGCUGCGUCACAGCCACAGCAGCUCUUCACUGAAGACUUCGGUAGCAGGCACAAGCUCUCCAGGUGCUCGUACACCCACAGCGGCAGCAGCUGCAUCCAGUAGAGCAAAGCGGAAACGGCUGGGAACCCAAGCGAGUUCCAGACUGGAAGAGGUUGAACAGAGACUCAAGGCUCAAGAAGCGCUCAUCAACGGUACCGACGCUUCUGCAGAAUCGCAUUAUAGCGCCACCAUUGACCCUCAGCUCACUCAAGGCAGCCAAGGGGAACCUCUGCAGAUGCUCGCCACGCCUUAUAAUUCGCAACAUCCCCUUCCGCUAUCCCCGCAUCUUCUCACUUCCAGGCAUUCUCGUUUUCCCAGAGCUUUAAAGUCGCUGAGCGGCAGGGCAAGGGUCGGUCGAAUCAUUUGUCAGGCUUGCUUGCAAGGAUCAAAAUCCGGGGUGAGUGGCCCUCCAGAAUUGGAGAUUGUACACUCACAAUUCCUGCUGCUAAGCUUUGAGCACGGGUCACGCAGUGCGAUGCUCCUGCCACAUCCGACGAGCCUUGCACAUCGUGUCGUGUGACGGGUGGACAUUGUGUCAAAGUGGAAGUCAGGUACGGUUCUGGAAACGCUCCAAUGAUAGUACCUGCAUCGCUCGAGACCGGCACGACGCUAGCGCACAGCACGAUGCCAAAGCAGCACGUGUCUUUCGAGCUUGUUGUUGGAGAUGGCGUUCAAGAGGCUUGGCCUAACGGCGAUCUGGAUGCCACUGCUCUUGCUGGUACACCAGCUCUGUCCGGAGCGAACAGCAACGUCAGUGCGAAAACCAAAGGUCUCACCGGUGAGUGAGGUCGGUUCAGCACUCCUGCCGCCUCGUGAAGAGCUCAACGUCGGACUUUUUCUGAUGCGAUUCACGCCUUCCCCUUUAGCCUUACCCCAACCGACUUCGAUUGCUGCAGGCACGAAUGGCCUUGAAGCGAGUCGUCUGGCGGCGGAAGAUGUCAAGUUCACGUCUUGGGGAAUCCCUUCGCGGAUAUCACACAAGGGACAACUGGUCGAGAUUUCCCGUCGAAGAUUGGUCCACGCUCUAUUGCGCAAGUUUCGUUCCGAGACGAAUGGCCCACACGCGCUGAUUGUGCCCCCAUCUCAAAGCGAUCUAAUCCUCCGUCGUGGGCCCGGCUUGCCGGCUCCGGUGCCCGAUUUCCUCUUGCUCACGAUCUUGGCUUCAUCAGUCGCCAUCGUCACGGAACCUCUGGAACUCGUCGCUCUUCGACCACACAUUUGGAAGAAGGCAGCAGCGGAGGUUGAGGCCGUCUGCUCAUCACUCUACUCUCUCAAGGGUGAUUUGGCCCUCAUUCAGGCAUUACUACUCCUCGCUGUCUACUGGCCCGGCGAUCCAGGCCGAAUCGAGCGCCGACACGUCAUCAGCACAGCUCUGCGACUUGCUCCUUCAUGCGGCCUGCAUAACCCUGCUUUGCUUCGCAGCAAUGCUUUGGUUGGUACACUCGCCUUGGCGCUGGACGCGAUCACAACUUUGUGGAGUGCUUCAUCGGACAACCCCGUGGCUGAGACGUCACCUGUCAGCCUGCCGAUGCCAGAUCCCAGUUGGGUGUACGUGAUGGUGGGCGAAACAAGCGUACCUGCAGCUCGACUCUUGGCCCACCUGAUGUGCGCCUUUUUGAGUUUGCUACAAAUCCUCAAGCACCUUUUGCGAACUCUACAUCAGCCGGAUGUGUCCCAAGUGACCAGCUUAGAAAGCGUUACAGCUCACCAAAACAAUAUCGAAGGUGCUCUGAGCGCCUUUUGCCGCGCUCAAAAGCCCAUCAUUUUGGACGCGGAAAGGCAGCAGCGAUCACACCCUAGCGCGGCAGUCCUCGCCAAAUCGAUUCGGCGGCUGCUGAUGAUCACCCAGCUCUUGCUUUUCAAAUCGAGCCUGGACUGCAUAGUUCGAAGGGCGCGAGAAGAAGGCUCACACAACUCCAACGAAGCUACAACGGGGCCUUCUGCCGCUGCAGAGCCGGUGCGGGUACGGUUUCCGACGGAAUGCGGAAGAGCAGUCGCCGCAGUGAUUGAAACGGCGUGGGGGCUCAUCUUUGGCGACGAAGAACGGAUAAGCGCAAAGGGUUGUGUCUGGGCAUCACAGCUCGACCCCAGCGCUUGCACGCAAAUGUCCUUUCAGGCUUUCGGAGUUGUGCUCGGCGCUCGUUCGUUUGCGUUUCUGGCCAUGCACUGGAUCGACUGGGACAAGGGCAAGGGAUGCCUCGAGUAUAGCACGCGACCUGCCCCUGGAACUGCAAAGGUACGGAACAAGUCGACCACAGUGGUCUCAACUUCUUUGUUACAUCCAGACGAACGUGAGAGCCCUACCGAGCACGAGCAGCACGUACCGCAUCUUUCUGGGCCAGCCAGCCAGCCUCUUGCUUCUGCGCCUCCGCCUCCGCCUGCUCCGGUCGCACAGACUGCAGAAGGCGGUGACAAUGGGUCGAGUGAGCCUCAAAGCCGCGCAAUCGCACACGUCGCCUUGCCUCUGGUGGACCCUGUACCAUCGGCGGCUCUGGACCCUCGACUCUUUGCGCCUCCGGAAGAUGCAACCGUGCAAGAAGAACAGGAAAGCGCAAUCGACCCCAAUUUGCAGCUUUCAACGACGGUGGAGGAAGCUAGCAGCAAAUUGUCAUCCGAGUGAGUUGGCUGGCUACAAUACUUGUCUGUCUUGGGGGUCCUUGCUGGCAAUGUUUACCAAGAAUAACGCCCCCCUCUUUCUUCACAGCCCGCCCCUCGUCGAGCAUGUCUUGGCUGAGCAAAGUGAAUCGGAGAUCAUCAUUGCUAGCGUCGAGUCUGGAGCUAUACAAACUUCGGUGACCGCCUGA